AUGGAUCUCUUGAUUGCCGAGGGCUUUAACAAAGCGAUCGAAAUUCCUACCAAGCUCACUCUACAACCGCUCAUCGAGAUCAAAAAGCUCCCAUCAUUUAAUCGAUGCUUCUCAGGAAUCAUGGUUAUGAAAAAAGCCAGUGACGAGAGCGAAAGCAUAAUGUCACAAGAUCUGGAGAUGACUGAAAUGGAGAUAGAGGAGUCUCCGCUUGAAAAAGCAAGGAAUGUGUAUGGAGUGACAGCGUUCCAUGACAAAUGCAUAACUAGUAUGGUGCUCGAUAGCGACACCGUGAAGCCGAACAAAGCCGUCACAACACUCCUAUUUAUCUUUGUCUGCGACCAAAAUCAAGUAUCUAUACCUUGCACGCCAGAGGGUGACUGGAAAACUAAGGAGCAACUUAUGAAGACCUAUGCUGAUGGGGGGAAUGGGCAUGAAUGGAGCGAUGAAAAACUCUACCUAGUGUAG